CUUCCUUUUGCAACGUUUUUGUAUUACCUACCGUACCUUAUGAUGCCGCACUUUUUUACCUUGCUCCGCUUGCCUUAUCAUAUCUGAUCCGAUCCGAGCGUACUUAUUUAGCGUACGGUAUUAUUUACCCACCGUGGACGACCGAACAAGGUUCCGCGCACAUCGUUGAGCAAGGGUGGGGGGGGGGUAUUUUGUUGCGCAAACACUCUUUUUCCAUUCUCUGCUUACCGCGUUGAUCGUUGUAUAAUUCGAUUAGGAAACCGGUUUGUUGGGUGGAUGGAUGAGUGUUUACAGUGACAUGCGGUGGGGACAAUUUGCCUGUCUGUCGGCCUUUUUCUUGCUUGUAUGGCGGAUUUGGGAUGGGACGGUUUGAUUUUGGCAUCUGAUGUCGAUGUUACGAGUUUGUUAUUAGGUACUGUUUGGCCACUGUAAGCGCAGGGGAAUGUUUUGGUUCUUGCUGAUUGGAGUUAGUAGCGCUUUCUUUUUCUAAAGAAAAGUAUGGGAGAUGGGAAUUGGGCAAAGAUGGGGUUGGGGAUUGGUACAGUAAUUGUCUGCUUUCUUCGCAGGAGGGAAUGGAUAAAUGAGUGGGAUUUCCCCUUCCACCGUAUAAUAUUAUGGAAACUCGCACACUGCUCAUUUAUACCCAAGUUCAGCGUCCUCCCCCCCAUCUCGCCUCAGUUCACCUCGAGCCUCACCUGACGACCUAUACUGCUGUUGUUCGACGUGACUUCUUCCUUCGGUUCUGUGCCUUGGGAUUUCUUGUUUACCCACUGACGGACUUUGCCUUCUAAAAUAACUGCGAGGCGGUCUGCUAGUAUUGUUUCGCCAUUUCCUUUUUUCUGAAUAUUAACGGCUUUGGGAAAAGUUAUCGCUAUUGUCAUGAAGUCUACCGAUCUAGAAUCUACGGUUCCGCGCUUUAAUGGCAAUGAUACUGUGUCGAGUGCCGGCUCCGAGGGGGUGAUUCUACAGACGGGUGUGCAGCGGGUUGAAGCAGUUGCAAAGACUUGGACCAGGAGGGCAUUGUAUGUGGCUUAUGCUGGUAUCUUCCUGAUGGCGUUCUGUACAUCGAUUGAUAUUCAGGUAACGAGCUUGCUCGCAUUCUAUGCAACAUCCUCGUUCUCCUCGCAUUCCCUGCUGUCGACCGUUGGUGUUGUGGGGAGUGUUCUCAUGGCCGUCGUCCAACCCCCAAUGGCUAAAGUCGCUGACGUCUUCGGACGAACUGAAGCGUUUGCCAUUUCAAUGCUCUUCUACAUCCUCGGAUACAUCCAAAUGGCUGCUUCGAAGGAUAUCUCGACCUACGCUAGCGCCCAAAUAUUCUACGCUGCGGGAUCCACGGGCCUCCGCAUCCUGCAGCAGAUCUUCAUUGCCGAUACCUCCGAUCUUCUUAACCGCGCGUUGCUCUCCUCGCUUCCCGACACACCAUUUCUGAUAACGGUUUGGGUGGGGCCGGAGAUUGCCGAGCACUUUACCACUGGACCUUGGAGGUGGGGGUAUGCUAUGUGGACUAUCAUCACGCCUGUGCUCUCGCUGCCAUUGUUUAUCGCUCUGUGUGUUAAUCAGAGGAAGGCCUCGAAGGCUGGGUUGUUGCCAGAAUAUCCGUGGAAGGCGCAGGGUGUUGUCAGCUUCCUGAAGAGCCUUUGGACGGAGUUGGACAUUAUGGGAGUUUUGCUGCUGGUUGCGGCUUUCAGUUUGCUGCUGGUGCCCUUGACUCUCGGUGGACAGGCUGUGGGGAAAUGGAAGAAUCCGAGCAUUAUCGCUGCUAUUGUUAUCGGAGGUGUCUGCUUGAUCCUUUUCCCGCUCUGGGAGAUGUGGAAGAAGGCUGCUCCUACGCCUCUCUUGACGUUGAGAUUGUUCAAGAACAGGACUGUCAUUGCUGGCUGCGUUCUUGGUUUCUUCUACUUUAUGGCAUACUAUCUUUCCCUCCAACCCUAUUUCUACUCCUACCUCAUGGUCGCCCGCAACACCGGCUCUGUAGCCGCUGGCCACAUCACCCUAACCUUCUCUUUCGCUUCGACCGUCUCAUCCGUCAUCAUCUCCCUAGUUAUCAAAUAUACAAAACACUACAAGUACUACAUGAUCGGCGGAAUCUUAAUCUACAUGCUAGGGAUCGGGCUCAUGCUCCGCUACCGCAACAUCGAUUCUAGCAACGCUCAGAUAAUCUGGACCCAAAUCAUCGUCGGUAUCGGCGGUGGCAUGCUAAACGUCCCCGCCCAAUUGGGAGUGCAGGCCGCCUCUCUGCACCAGGAAGUGGCCGCCGCAACUGCGCUCUUCCUGACAAUUGUGUCCAUCGGUGGAGCCGUCGGAUCGGCCGUUUCGGGGGCGAUCUGGUCACACAACAUCCAGAACAAAUUAAUGCUCUACCUUCCCGAGGCCGCGAAGGCGAACAUGACGAUGAUAUACGGCUCCGCCGUCGUGGCCACCAGCUACCCCAUGGGAUCCCCCGAGCGAACAGCAAUUAUCAAAUCUUACGACGAGACUAUGCGCAUCCUCCUGAUUAUUGCUGUUUGUGUGUGUAUUCCAAUGCUGCCUGCCGGUCUCUGCAUGACCAAUUACAAGCUUGAUGAGGUGGACCAGAGGGUUGAAGGUGUGGUGUUUGGCAGCGCGGGGAAAAAGGUCGCCAGGGGCGAGAGUGGCACUAGAGAGGUGGUGGAGAGGAAGGAGUGAAUCCUCUCUUUAGCUUAGCUUAGAAGUUGCCCCCUGCAAUAAUCUACAGUUGUGGGCUUAAUUCUGUGCUCGGGUUAUUAUGUAAUGGUUGGCGAUGUGGAAAUAUUGUGAAUGCAUGGGGGAUGGGAUUACCUGGUGCUAGAUGGGUAUAGAUGCCAGUGUAUUAAGUAAUGAGAAAUCAUAUAGUCGUGAAUUGUUAGCAUGGCCUCGAAAAUUUAA